AUGCUGCUCGGUCUGCUGCUCAUCGCAUGCGCCCAGGGUGUUUGGGCGGGCUUAGCUACAGAGGAGCCAUGCGUCACCGCAAUCUUCUCGGCAUACAACUACAUCUCAUUUGCCGGGAUUCCGCCUAAGCCUCUGUGGCAUUCGCGAUGCCGCAACACACUCAAGGUCACUUCCAUAUACGCCGCCUCGGAGGUGUACUGUAAUGAGGAUGAACGUGAACGGGGCCUUGCCCAACUGGCAGAUCAGUGUCGAGAAUUCGGACACGAGGAGCUGCUGUCUCGGGAUGAGGUUGCGGAAAAUUUGACGGAGGACGCGAUAAGGAAUAUGAGAAGAGUCGAUUAUUUGGAGCUAUCCCGAGCCGAUCCGGUCGAGGUUCCGGUUCUGCUGUCAGCUUCUUAUUUUGAUCUGAUGUUCAAUACGCUUGAAUCUUGGCAAUACGUAUCCUGGGCACAUCAUGCAUUUGGUUACCUUGGCUACCUUUAUUGGGGCAUCAUACUGUCACUGGGUAUGAUAUCUCGACUAUUUGUUUGGGCAUUUCAUCGCCGGCGGGGUCACAAAGAACGAUCACUUGAGUCAAAUGCGUACCCAUUCGUCGGGACAUUGGAGAAGAUCCCACUGGUAGGAACCUGUCUUCACUGGGUCCAGACCCAUGUCAUCAUCCCGGCGCCGUUGGCAACACGGAAAUGCAUCCUGGGUUUCACAUUUUCCACUCGAGCCGAGGCACUGAUUGUCUUCGGGUUCUGGACGUUGAGUAUAGUCCUCAGUUUGGUGGGCUACCGGACAUUCUCGGGCAACAUAUACUGGCCCGACAUCCCCAGUCAGCUUUUGAGAUACUCUGCAGAUCGUACAGGCAUUAUGUCAUUUGCAAACUUCCCACUGAUAUGGCUUUUUGGUGGGCGAAACAACAUCUUCAUGUGGGCGACCGGGUGGAGCUUCGCGUCGUUCAACAUAUUCCAUCGCCAUGUCGCUAGAGUGGCUACACUGCAGGCAGUAGUACACUCGAUUUUAUACAUUGUCAUGUACAUUCAAGCAAACACAAUAUGGAAAGGUCUAUCCAAAGCCUACGUUCAAUGGGGCAUAUUGGGGACAGCGGUGAUGGUCAUACUACUGGUCACUUCGCUAGAUCGAAUUCGUAUUGCGACAUAUGAGCUCUUCUUGAUCGCCCAUGUCGUGCUUUCAGUGCUUACACUCGUCGGGUGUUUCUACCAUACCAUCAUCUUCGAAGGACAUGAAUAUUGGCAAUAUCUAUGGCCUUCAACGAUAAUAUGGGUUGCAGAUCGCUUCCUGCGGAUUGUGCGACUGUGCUAUUGCAAUCUCCACGUGAGCACUUCAAAUAAAAGCCUGGUCAAGGCAUCCGUGACACGAAUGACCUACGAUAAAGCGGCCAACGUGGUGCGAAUGGAGGUCACACCGGCCACACCGUCAUUGCGGCCUUCUCCUGGACAAUACUACUUUCUGUACCAGCCAUUUCGUCUGACUGGCUGGGAAAGUCACCCAUUCACGAUUGGAGCCUGGCAUUACGAAGUAGGUGAUAAGACGUUGUUGGAACCAGCAUCUGCACGAGAUGUGAACAACUCGCUGGAUGUAUCCCAUGUCCCCCUUCUCGCUGGUGGGGCGACUGAUUCAGAAUACCAACGCAACUGGACCCGUGACAGCAUGGGAGAGGCCGAAUCACCGGAGCUCAGGAUGAUCUUCUGGGUCCGACCGUACGACGGAUGGACGCGUGAACUGCGGCAGCAGUGCCUUCGUUCGCCGGAUCUAACGACCGAAACAACCGUGCUCCUUGAAGGCCCCUAUGGCGAUACUUUCCCUUUGUGGAGAUACGAGUCAGUGUUGAUCAUUGUCGGGGGAACAGGGAUUGCAUCCGCAGUUCCCUACAUCCAAGAUCAUCUUCGUCGCUCAGAUGAAGGUUGGGAAGAAAACCCUGAAAAUGAGAAAACCCGGGUUCGCGACAUCGAGCUAGUCUGGACCACCAGGCAAGCGGCGUUCAUCCACGACGUAUCUCGUCGCGAAUUAAAACCAGCUUUGGCACGAAAUGACUUUAGCGCCUCAUUCUACGCUACUCGUGAUUCAACCGCAUAUGAAGAUCUCAACAAUUGCGGAUACGAAGUCCAAGGAGGGCGUCCCCACCUUCAAUCCCUGAUCAUGAGUCGAGCUUGCGAUGCAUCUUCGGCGGGCUCGAGUCUAGCCAUCCUCGUAUGCGGCCCAUCCGGAAUGGCAGAUGAGGCGCGCGCCGCCACUCAUCUUGCGAUGCGACAAGGUCAUCGAUCCAUCAAAUUUGUCGAGGAGUCUUUCACUUGGUAG